CAAUUAGAGAAAAAUCUUUUUUGAAUCGAAAAUCGGACGCAUCGGACACGCUAACAUUUUCUUUUCAAACGGUUAAACUUCGUCGUGUGAGACGAGGAUCAACGAUCAAUCUCGUUAUUGCCGCGAAAACGUUUAUUGAAGCGACGCCCCUCGAGAACCGGUUCGGUGACAUUCCCGUCGAUCGUUCAAGCGACUAUAACUUUUAUCCGUAGACAAACGGUUAGGUUACUCGAUUCUCAGGAUUAUUUCGAGAUGUUCAUCCAUGUUACGUUUCUAACAAUUCUCUUUCGGUCGUCGCCAUCGAUAGAGUUCGUGCACCCACGUUACGGUACCAGGUACGACCGACCGGUUCCCCUUCCCUUCUCUUUUCUUCGUCCUGACUGCUCUCUCUCUCUCUCUCCCUCUUUCCGUCCUUUUCUCUCUCUUUCUCCCUCUCCCUUUUCCUGCGUCCAGCAUUACGCCAUCCGAGUCGGACGACGAUGGAUCGAGGUAUUCCAUUCGGUAGGAACAUGGACAUCGAAGGAGUGUGGACUCCCGCAAGCGAGUAGAGUGACGUUUCGGAAUUUCCACGCGGCGCGGCGUGGCGCGAGGCGAUCGAAACUCCACGAGGUCGAAUCGGUCGGCGAGCCGACGAUCGCGUUUCGAACUGUGGUCGUUCUCCGCGAUACCACCGAUGAGUCACACUACGCGUUCGCCUCGUUUCCCUCUCGCGUCUGUAACCACCGAUCUUUUCUAUCGCGCAAUCGAACAAAAAUAUUACACAUGUACGCGAAAACGCUUGUUAUUCAAACACUGAAUGAUAAAUAUAUAUUUAUUAAGUUGAAUUUCGAAGGACGAGUAUGUUUCCGACUCAAGACGGUUUUUUCGAACAUCGUUGACUUCGAAUCGUAUUCGUCGUAGGAGACGAUAGCGCACACCGUGUCACGAUACGAGGAUGGAUUCAAUGACGAUGACAUUGUUCGUCAUAGUGUUGGUGAUCGGCAGCACGACCGCCGCGUUGAAUCACGAUGGAGCGAAAUGUGGCGAGAAACAUUGCUCCACCAUCGAGUAUUGCAGUAGCUACGACAAAAGUUGCAAACCGUGUUCCUCCAUCUGUAACAAGACUGCUCGCAACUAUUUGCCCCAAGAGUGCUUCUCCGAUUGUCAAGUCUAUCUUCAUGACGAGCGAUACGUUCUUCUAAAUGAAUACGAAGAGUUGCGAGGAGAGGUUGGAAGAUUAUGGAUUCUAGUCUCGAUAUCCAUCACGAUAGCUUGCGUAUCGUUACUGUUGACUCUCUACUUGAUGUUCGCGAGAAAACUCACACGAUGGGAAAAGAUGCGAGCUGCUAUAAGACGAAGUUUCGCUAGUAAAAAGAUAAAGAGAAUGUCGAGCAACAACAGCGACAAUAGUGUGGGUAAAACCAACAAUAAUAACAAUGAUCGUAACAGAGCAACGCUCCAAGAUGCGGAAUUGGGCACAUCAAAGCAAAACGGAUUGAAAUUAACGAUGCCCACAAUCAGCGCGAGCGUGGCUCCAUCUCGAUAUUCAGAGAACGAAACCAGACAUGGAAACGGAAGUUCAGCCGGAAGUGGGAGCGGCAGUGGGACUGCAGUCAGUAAUGUGACUCCAAACACCACUAGCACUUCACUCUCGAGAAGGCAUCCAAGCGAGGAUACCACUCUCGACUACGCUUAUGAUAAUCCAGCGAUGACACCAAGCCCGGAAUCCGUCCAGUUAAGAACGAAGCGCGAGAGUUCCUUUUAAACUCGAAUCGAAAUCGAAUCGAUUCGUGUGGUCCAUUCGGAUAAUAACUAUGACAAUUUAUUGAAAAUGUUAUCUCCUCACCGAUUUUAACGAGCUUGAAGUAGUGUUUAGUAGUGUAUAGAGUGGUAUAUAGUGAUAGUAGAUAUGGACGUAAAUAUAUGUGUAUAGAAUAGACUUUUAGGAACACGAGAAGAAAACUAGGAGAUAUGAAGCCACCUGUAUAUAUAAAUUAGUGGUGCACUCUACAGGCAAGUUGAGUUAUUAAUAGUUAUUCAGUUAUUAAUACUAUUUGAAGUUAACAUAUUAAUAUGGAUUCAAUAAAAUUCAAUUUUGUUUUCGGUUUCAAUAUCGCAUAACUUUAGGAAUCAAUCAAUGCUAUUUGCUAAAGAUGAAAUAUGAGAUUUUUAAUAAUUGUACAUAGAAAUGUUUGAAUUUCUCAAGUUUGCUCGGUGCUUUGUUAACAUUUUUUAUCCUGCAGUGAUAGAACAAUGAAUAAAAAGAAAUUAAAGAAAAUAAAAGAUAAAUACAAGAUAUAUACAGGUACAAUAUUACUAUAAUCAAUUUAAUAUCGUUUUAAGUACAUUGUGAUUGAUCUCAUUUUCAUCAGCAAAAUCGAGUGAUAAACAUAUUUUUAUAAAAAAGAAAUUAAAAUUAUUUUAACUUAUUACAUUUGAAUGCCAGCAGAAAUGCUUCGAAUUAUUGAAUUGGACAUAUUGAAUUGCACAAUUGACUGAUUCUAAGAUUUCCUUAUUGCGAUAACAAUCUAUUAUGGAGAUAUACGUUGUUAAGGACAUUUUGAGGAAUUUCUUCCCAUAUAGGCGGUCAACCUUGAUUUUUGAAUUAUAUGAGUUAUAUGUUAAUUUUAUAUAGUAUAAAAAUAUUUUUUAUAUUAUUAUAUAUUUGUACUUUUGUUUUUUGUAUUUUUGCAUAUUCCAGUAUAUAUUUCUUAUAUAAAUAAUAUCUAACUUAUCUUAAAUCAUUAUCUUAAAUCAUUUUCAAUAAAUUGUUCUUUCUUUUGAACUAAAUAAAAAGGCAUAUAAUGAUAUAAUGAAUAUAUGUCUAAUAUAUUUCUAAAAAUUAUCUAACUUGUUAUAUUUGAAUAUUAUAUUAAAUACAAAUUUAUUUUUAUAUCAGCAAAUUAAAAUCUAAAGAUAAAAAUGUAUACAAAAAUAAAACUUUCGUUAUUUUUAAAAAAAAUAUACUUACAGAAGAAGAACUUUCGACUUCUUAAUAAAAAUUACCUAAUAUAUUCAUAGUGUGAAAAAUUUUUAACAUAUAAUUCGAAAACUGAGACAACUAACUAAUUAUAUUAUAUAUAUAGAAGAAGUUGCUGAAAAUGUCCUUAAUAUAUUUCAGACUCAUUGAAAUCAGUGAGGAAGUUUACGAGCUUUUCAACAAAAUCAUCUUUAAUUUGUAAAUAGAAUAUUUCUAAGUACUUAAUCGCGCUCGUCCGUGCGAGAAAUCGCGCGACUUCACGCAGAUCCUUAUCAGCCAUUCCGUCCAUAAUGAAAGGCCUUUCGAGCGAGAGUUGGCCGGUGACUAUAACGAGGUCAACCUUCGCAUAGGUCAGCGACGGUGCACCGACCGACCGAUCGAUCGAGAAACAAGCGCCACGCUCAAUUCAAAUGCUCAACCCUCGAGUUUUUUACUCGUAUCGUGUCUUUCGGACAAUUGCGCGCGUUUCUCUCUCUUUCUCCCUCUCUCUAUUUCUUUCUUUUUUAUAAAUAUAGAUAGUAGAUGAUACUAAAAUUAAAAAUUAAUUAAAUAUUCGAAAAUUGGAUUUUAAACAUUUAAUGAAAUUGAUUUUUUGAAUGAAUGUAAGUUGAGUUUACAGUUUUGUUUGUACAAUAAUGCUCAGUUAACAGAAUUAGGUUAGAAUGUAUCAAUUAUCCAAAGAGUUAAAAAUAUUUUCAAAAUUAUUGAUGAUUUUUUUUUGUAGAUUUCUAUAAAUAUUCUAAAAAUAUUUUCUAUAAAUAAGAAUGGAAAAAGUAUUCAUCUUUGUUUUACAAUAUAAUAUUAUAUACAAUAUUUAAUAUAUUUAAAGUUUUUGAAAUUGAUCGACGAGACAGUAAUUUAAGCAAUGUUCAAGAGAUCUAUUAUUAUAGUUAAAGCUAUUGCUUAUCAACUAAUUGCCAUUUGUCCAUCUUUAGGAGCGAAUUGAUAUCAUUAUUUUAUAGUUAUUUUUUAGUAGAUUAUAUAAAAAAGUUUAUGAAUAAUUGUUAUUGUGAAUGAAAAAAUAUCAAAAUCGUCAAGUAAAAAAUAUGAACAAAUUAUAAAAAUAUCUUUUCCUUAAUUCGCAGGGAAAUCUGUGAAUUGAUUGUGUCGAUUAAAUAUCGAUGCAUUUAUUUAUAUAUAUGCAUUGUUUUCUUGGAUCGACUUUAGAGACAUAUGUGUGGUUUAAAAAAUUGAAAGUUUCAAUUUCAAAAAUUAGAUAUAACUUUACGACAGUUAAAUGGGCAGAAAGUGCAGUUAACUGGAUAUUAUCGAAUAUAGAAAAUAAUAAAUGAAACAAAAAGUUUAAAAAUCAAAAUAAAUUAUAUAUUUCAUAGUAAAACGAAGUUUAAAAAUCAAAAUAAUAAUAUUAUAUGUUUCAUAGUUGUAUAUAAUAUAAUAGAAAUCUUCUUUGAUGGUUUAAAUGAAUAGCAAGCAUUUAUACUCUGAAUUAGUGAUUAACUUAAUCAGUAUUGAAACACUAGUGUUCCAAGAACAUUAGUUACAAGUAUUUUUAUAAAUGAAAUUAUGAAAGUGAUUAGCUAUGAGUUUUUAGCAAUGUUGUAAUAAUUUUAUGACUUUUAAUUUUUUUUAUAAUCAAAAGUGUUAUGUGAUUUUGAAAAUAUAAAAUCUGGAUAUGGUUUAGUUUUUACCUUUUCUACAGUAACUUUAGUGAUUUCGAUGUUUCGCAAAUUUUUCUUAUAAUCAAAAAUAUUUUGAUUAUAAAAAAAUACUAUUGUAGAUCAUUUCGUGUAAUUAUCCAAUUUUUAUUUUUAUAAGUGAUCAAGUGAAAAUAUCAAGAAAAUGCCUUAGAAAAGAAAGAUAUGUGAAUUUAUAAGUUAUGGAAUUUGUGAGUUUUGAAGUGCAAUGUUUAUGUUUGAAUAUUUGAAAGUGAAUGUUAAUGUUGAAUAGAGAAUGAUUUGAAUAUUUGAAGGUGAAUGUUAAGAAUAAUAAUAGAAUUGUAGAAUUAUAGAAACAAAAUGUCUAAAAAGAGGAUGUUUUAAUAAUUAAUGGAAAGUAUCGAUAUCAUCAAAAAUCUAAUUCAAGAUUGAAUCCAAAAUAUUUUUCUUCUAUUUUUAUAACUCAGAAGUAAAAAAUUAGAAACAUUUACGUAGAUUUAUAAUUUAUUUGUGAUUUUUUUAAAAUGCAAUUUAAAUAUUCGAAGAAAAAUUAAGUUAAGAUAUUAUAAUAAAUUAUAGACGAUAUAAGCAGGCUUGCUAGAAAAAUUCAUUUUAUGCAAAGCAACUAGUUGCUUAAUUAUUGGUUUUUUUUAUCUAUUAUUCUUUCAUUUUCUAAAUAAUUUGGCUAGUUCAUUAAUUAUAUUAUUUUUCUUAUUCUUAUAUAGUUUAAAACUGUCAGUUUUGAAAUAAAUUAAACAUUUAAGAUCUGAAAUAAGGAAUUGCUUAUUAUCUAGUUGUUUAUUAUCAAAUAUAUUAUUCAAUUUGAUUUUAUUCUAAAAUGGUAAAAUUGUUAUCAACUUUGUUACAAUAUUAUUUUUUUUUAGAAAAAAAUGGAAUAUACCCUGUCACUAAGUGAUUUUUAAUACAUAAAGAUUUAUUUUAUUAUGGCGUAUUUUCACAGAUUUCUCAUUUUAUGACUUUUUCAGACAACUUCAAAUAAAAAAAAAUGAACUACUAAUUUUGAACAAGAAAACAAUUGCUUAUAUCAGAUCAAAGCUGUCUUAUUUUCUUUCAUUUUUUCUACAAAGGAAAUUUUUUUAAAAAUAUUGCAUAUAGAAGCAAAAUGAAAAAUGGAAGAAAAUACCUUCAUAAUAAAAAAAAGAUAAUUGAAAGAAGAUGUUUAAGAUUUUUUAAUUUUAAAUUUCAAAAUAUUUACAGGAUCUUGAAUUUCCUCCUUCUUACUACUAUAAUUAUUAGACUACUAAUUUAUAUACUUAAUAAUUAUGUACUUAAUAAUUGAUAAAUUCAAUAAGAGAUUCUUCAUUAACCGAAAGAAAGAGAAACAGAGAGAGAAAGAAUUCAUUCGUGAGGUGAAUCUCGCUAACCUUAGGAUAAUAAGUCCCGUACAACAAUCGUUAUAAUCUUGUCUCGUUCAGCGUUCGUUCGAUCUUCCUCGUCGUAGAUAUUAUCGUAGAUUACAUAAUCAUCGACGACGAGAAAUCGAUGUCUUCCAACGAAACGAAACGUCACUUCUGUUCGAGUCAAAAAAAAAACAUUCAUUUGUAUUGUUUGCAGAUAUUUUUAGUUUUUAAGAUGUUUUCCGUUAUUAAAUAAAUGCAAGUGUGCACAUGAGAUUUA